CAAAGGGCCGGCACAUAUGUACUCGGAUGCCCCGGCCCGCUCAAUCAAGCUUGACAUAGGCUUCUGUCAAGCUGCAAACUUUUCGCAGAACUGGUCCCAGUCCAAAGCAAUAGAACUCACAAGUAAGCAAUUGAAGCUCUAUUCAAACUUCUUAUUGCAUAAAAGAAAUGCUUUAGAAUCUCAGUGAAUUCAUUAAAAUGCUGCUGAAGUCACAUAUAUGCUCUAGAAUUGGAAUAGCCUUGCCUAGGCAUAGAAACAAUUUCAAGAUUCUUUGGUUUGGUUUAUGUAAUCAUCGUGUUUAUGUUGAAUUUUCUGGAAAAAUUGCAACUUUUGAAUCAAGAAUCCAUUUUGGUGGAGACCCAUUUACUUAUAAUGGAGUUGUUGCAUCUUUUUCUUCUUGUUCAUCUGGAAGUGAUAGCCCUAGAGUCAAUCUAAACCCUAAUUUGUACUUGAAAAAUGAGCAUUCUGAUGAUACUGGAGAUGGAAUUUUUGUAAAAGAAGAAUUGGGUUCUAAAGAAUGUAAAGAUUUGAGCUUUUCUGACAAUUCUUGUGAUGAAGAUGGAAAAGAUUGCAGCUUUAAAGAAACUGCUAGUAGUUGUAGGUUUGAUAAUGUGGAUGAGUUUGAAGAGUCAGAAAAUGAAGAUGGAGGAGGUAGUUUGGACUGUAUUGAUGAUGAUUUUAAGGUUUUGGAUUCAUUUGGUAAAAGUCAAAGGCAAGUGAAUCGGGCGGAGAAUGUUGGAAUUUCUGAAAGAAUUGAAGGGGUUGAAGAUGAAAUGAGACACCCUUUGGUUAAGGAAACAUGUAGAUUAAUUGAACGUCAGUCGGGUUGGACUCCGAAGCUUGAGAUUGAAUUGAGGCGUCUGCUAAGAAGUAUGAAGCCUCUGCAAGUUUGUGCUGUGUUAAGGUCUCAAUCCGAUGAAAGGGUCGCUUUGAAAUUCUUUUAUUGGGCGGACCAGCAAUGGCGUUAUCGACAUGACCCUAUUGUUUAUUAUGUGAUGCUUCAACUUCUAAGUAGGACAAAGUUGUGUCAGGGAGCUAAGCGCAUUCUCAAGCUGAUGCCACGUAGAAGAAUUCCGAGGAGACCUGAAGAUUUUGGUUGUGUGAUGGUUUCUUUUAGUCGAGCUGGACAUUUAAGGAAAGCAAUGCAGAUCCUGAACGUGAUGCAAAGAGCAGGAAUUGAGCCUGAUUUAUAUAUAUGCAACACUGCAAUUUAUGUUUUGGUGAAGGGAAAUAAAAUUGAGAAAGCAUUGAGGUUUCUUGAGCGGAUGCAACUAGUUGGGAUAACACCGAAUGUUGUUACGUACAAUUGUUUAAUCAAAGGUUAUUGUGAUGUGCAUCGAGUUGAAGAUGCAUUAGAGCUGAUGGCUGAAAUGCCGUAUAAGGGCUGUUACCCAGAUAAAGUUAGUUAUUAUACGUUGAUUUCAUUCUUUUGCACGCAGAAACAAACCGAUAAAGUGAAAGAGUUGGUGGAGAAAAUGGAUAAAGAUAGUAACUUAUUGCCUGACCAGGUUACUUAUAAUACAAUUAUACAUAUGCUUUCGAAGUGCGGUCAUGCUGAUGAAGCGAUGGGAUUCUUAAGGGAAGCUGAAGAAAGAGGAUUCCAAGUGGAUAAAGUGGGUUACAGUGCUGUGGUAAAUUCCUUCUGUAAAGACGGAAGAAUAGAUAAGGCAAAGGAACUGGUCAAUGAAAUGAUUGCCAAAGGAUGUAAUCCUGAUGUGGUUACUUACACUGCAGUUCUGAAUGGGUUUUGUCUUGCAGGGAAAAUUGAUCAAGCUAAAAAGUUACUUCAACAUAUGUACAAGCACGGUUGCAAGCCAAACACUGUAUCAUAUACUGCCCUAUUAAAUGGGCUUUGCCGGAGUGGAAGGUCUGUUGAGGCAAGAGAGAUGAUGAGCAUGUGUGAGGAGUCGUGGUGGAGACCGAAUGCUAUUACGUUUAGCGUGUUAAUGCAUGGCUAUCGCAGGGAAGGGAAACUGUCUGGAGCCUGUGAUGUGGGUAGGGAAAUGAUUGCAAAGGGCUAUUUCCCUACCCCCGUUGAAAUUAACCUGCUAAUUCGAUCCCUUUGUCAAGAAGGCAGAGUAGAUGAAGCAAAGAACUUUAUGGAAGAAUGUUUCAAGAAAGGAUGUGCUGUUAAUGUGGUGAAUUUCACCACUUUAAUUCAUGGUUUCUGUCAAAAGAAUGAAUUGGAUGCUGCUCUCUCGGUCCUUGAUGACAUGUACUUGAUUAACAAACAUCCUGAUGCUGUCACAUAUACAACGCUAAUAGACGGAUUGGCAAAGCAAGGAAGAAUAGAAGAGGCUAUUGAUCUAGCCAAUAAAAUGCUUCAUAGGGGUGUGCUUCCCACUGCUGUGACGUAUCGUACGGUCAUCCACCGAUUUUGUCAGCAACGUAGGGUUGAUGAUCUGGUGAAAUUACUGGAGAAGAUGCUUUCAAGACAGGGGUGUAAGACUGCUUAUAAUCAGGUUAUUGAAAAACUUUGUGGUUUCGGAUAUGCUGACGAGGCUUAUAAGCUGUUGGGAAACGUCCUCAGGACAGCUUCAAGAGUUGAUGCAAAUACCUGCCACAUUCUUAUGGAGACCUAUUUAAAGGAAAGGAACCCUCUUUCAUCAUAUAAGGUGGCUUGUCGAAUGUUCAACCGGAAUCUGAUACCUGACUUAAAGCUCUGUGACAAGGUGAAGGAUAGAUUGAUGCAAGAUGGCAGAGUAGAAGAGGCGGACAAGCUCAUGUUGCGCUUUGUCGAGCGUGGCCGUAACUUGCCUCAGCUUCAGAGGGCGUGAAUUUUGACUAGUAAAGAGGAAAUCAUUGUGUUUCUCAGGAGAGAUUACUGGUCUGACAAGGCAAUGCAAUAGCUCAUUAUAUUUCUGUGAGAAGUUAUUGUCUCAGGCAUAACAAGAUUUCUGGAAAUGCUUGUAGUUUCAGAUCAGAGUGGUGAUUUGGACAUAUGUGCAACUUCACUUCCAAAUAUUUGACAUGCAACAGAGAUCUUUUGUCAUGGAGUUACAUAUUUAGCUGGAUAUUUUUAAUUUUUGAGUUGUAAGCCAAUUAAUGCGGAAGAUUGAGACUCAGCAGUCUGACCUGGUUGAGCAUAUUUUUUGAAGUGCAAAGACCUCACGGAAAGAGUAGAAGUCGGUAAAGAUCUGGGUGAGUCUAAUGCUUUUUAGUAACACAAUAUAUUCCACAAGUACAACAACAAUGCCUCAAUCCCAAGCAAGUCGGCGUCAGUUAUGAUGAUGAACAGCCCACAAUGGCCGCACAGCGGAACAAGCACCAUGCAGGCAGCACCUUGUGACACUACACGCACAGUGCACCACCUUCCCCUGCCAACAGCUGACUGCUCGCACAGUGGAACAAGCACCACGCAGGCAGCACCUUGUGACACUACACGCACAGCGCACCACCUUCCCCUGCCAACAGCUGACUGCUCGCCACAAGCAAUGCCACCGACGGACCUGCUACAAGCCUACCAACUCAUAACUAAAACACAUUCCUUACAUACAUGGGAUAAGAGCCCAUUUGGAUUGGCUUAUUUUAAGUGCUUUUAAGCCAAAAUUGCUUUUAAGCCAUUUUGUAGUGUUUGGAUAAAGUAAAAAAGUGCUGUUAAGCACUUGUUUUUAAGCUAAAUUGACAAAAAUAAGCCAAAAGCUAGAAUUCCUAACUUAUGACUUUUGGCUUAAAAGUCACUUACAAUAAGCCCAACAAGGCGAUCAUUGUUCCUUAGUAGUUAUUUCACUCACUAGCUAUUAGGUAUUAUUUUAUUUUCUGUACUCAAAUAAUGUCACAUUAUUUAUUCGUUAUUUAGCCUACACUUGAGUUCUCCCUCA